AUGGAAGGAGCGACUCCUCCCAGCGGCACAGCAGGUGACGCGAACCUGCCCAUCCUGAUAAUCGGUUCCGGCAGCACUGGACUCGCUCUGGCACAAGGUCUUCGCAAGGCUGGGAUAGCAUGUACUGUGUUCGAGAAGAAUGACUCGCACCAUCGCGAGCGGGACUGGAAUAUGGGACUCCAUUGGGGUGCGCCUGUCUUGAAGAGCCUCAUACCCGAGGAGUGGUGGCGCCGCAUUCAGAGCGUGCAAGUCGAUCCCCACGUCCCAACAAAAGAGCAGGACACGUUGAAUUGGCUGAGAGGCGACACGGGAGAAACCAUGGCCGCCUUUACUUUUGGGCCCUUCUACCGCCUGCGAAGAAGCAAGCUGCGAGACCUACUGUCUCAGGGGCUCAACAUCGAGUACGACAAGCACUUGGAGAGUAUCUCUUACGCACAGGAUCACCAGGCGGUCACUGCACAUUUUGCCGAUGGAACCGCCGCUACUGGGAGCAUGUUAGUUGGCGCAGAUGGAGCUCGCUCGUCAACAAGGCAGGUUCUUCUUGGCCCCGACAUGGGUGCCAUCAAUCGGAUACCCUAUGCCGCAACCUUUGUGCAGCAGAAGUUCACCAAGGAGCAAGCGCUUUAUCUGAGAAAGUUUCACCCGCUGUUCCUCGCGUGCGCACAUCCUAGCAACAAUUUCGCCUUCUUCGGCAUGCAUGAUGCAGCAGAUCCUGACGAUCCAUCUUCGUGGACCUUCUUCUUCUACAUCUCUUGGAAGAGCAGCUUGGAAGAACAAGAAGCCACCAAGGACUGGACGGAUGCCCAGCGCCUAGCACAGCAGAAGGAGCUCGCCAAAGCGUUCUGUGAUCCCUGGAAGAGCGCCUAUGAGUGGACCCCAGAUGACGCUUCUGUAUGGUAUCUGGGACUUACGGAUUGGGAUCCAGGCCGCCCAGGCCAUCGAUGGGAUAACUAUCAUGGGUUGGUCACAAUGGUUGGUGACGCUGUUCACCCCAUGACGUACCAGAGAGGGCAGGGACUCAAUCAUUCCGUGACCGACGCUGGCAAGUUGCGAGACGCGCUCAUCAAGAUCGAAGAGGGCGGUGACCGCCAGAGACUGGUUAGCGGGUUUGAGGACGAGAUGAUCCAGCGUGGGGGGUUAGAGGUCAGAGACGGCACUGCGAAUACUAUGCUCCUACACGACUGGGAGAAGGUGAAGCAGAGCCCCCUGUUUACCAAAGGCAUGAAGAAGAGCGAGACUUGA